AUGGGUGCCAUUCCGGAAGUUGACCCCGAUGAGGUCCUCGAGACAAAGCCCUUCAAGUUCGUCACUGCUGGCUACGAUGCCCGUUUCCCCCAGCAGAACCAGACCAAGCACUGCUGGCAGAACUAUGUCGACUACUACAAGUGUACCACUGCCAAGGGCGAGGACUUCCGCCCCUGCAAGCAGUUCUACCACUCCUUCCGCUCUCUUUGCCCCAAGGCCUGGACCGAUCGUUGGGACGGUCAGCGUGAGGCUGGCAACUUCCCUGUCCACCUUGACAAGUAG